AUGGAAACGAAAUCAACCACGGAUAUAUUCAUGAGCAUCCCACCUGAAGACGCGUUAGAGGUUGGACGCGGUAGGAAAACGAAUGUAUAUCGCAGCUAUCCCCUCCCAGCCACUGUCCGCCGCAUCUGGUUCUAUACCACCGCUCCACUACAGUACAUUGAGUAUGUGGUUUGUAUAUCACACAACGAGACUGAAACCAACACAAACACCAAGCAACCCACAUAUGCUUACAAGAUUCUUCAAGUAUGGAUGUUAAAGCACCCUAUUUACCUCCAUCAAGCUAUCUCGCGCGGUCUGUUCAAGGCUCCCCCGCGAAAAUACUGUUGGGCGACUGAGAGCUUUUUGGACAGCUGUCCGUUCUAUUGGCAGUAUCCAGUACGGGGUCCGAGGGAAAUCAUCUGGUAA